UGUGAUCCACAACAUAAUGCAAACAACGCAUACAACGCAGUUGACGUGACCUCCUUUUUCCUAUCUCCUAAAUGGCUGCCUAGAUCUACUGAAUGUUGAGAUUCAUAUAUUUAGAUUCAUAUGUUUUACCUCAAGUUCUAGAACUUAUACUACUCGCACUAUGCAUCUUGACAUUCGGCCUCAUUGAGGCCUAGCUUCGCUAUGCGCCUGGCUGCUGUACUCCAUCUUGUUGUCUCCUCCAGGGUUGUUUCUGGUCGCGCGUUUCAGCAGCGUCGACCAAUCGCUCCGGAGGGUCAAUAUGUUAUCGGGAACGGCGUGUCAGGCCAUCAUCGACGACCGCCACUCCCUAUCCCCUCGGGCUCAUCCGAGGACAUUGGCUCAGUAACCGGCUUUAUUGCUUUGGGUGAUUCCUACAGUGCUGGAAUUGGCACCGGUGUAGAUGGCAAGGAGGAUGACUGUCGACAUGGUUUAGGUGCUCAUAGUGUUUUAAUUGCUUCCGAUUUGUUGGCCGACGAAGACGGACGGAAUUCUACGACGUUCCAAUUUUUAUCUUGUACAGGAGCCACGACCCAAGAGAUUCUGUCCAGUCGUGACGGCAGUCAUGAUAGCCAGAUAGACGCUUUCAACGCUUCACUACCAGUAGACUUUGCACUGUUGUCAAUCGGCGGGAACGAUCUGGGCUUCUUUGACGUAAUGAAUGCGUGUGUGUUUCGCUUCUACAACUUCUACUCUGGUACCUGCGAGACGGCGCUUAAGAACACACGGGACCAGAUCGAGAGCGAUGAAUUCGAGCACCGUCUGGAGAUAAUCAUCAUGGAAAUCCUCGAUAAAGUCCGUUGGGAGAAGAAGCCCUCGUUCACAAUUACGGUUACGGGAUACGCCCGGUUCUUUAACGAUGUCACCGACGACUGCGACGAGAUGAGCUUUGGUGUCUGGUGGCGCGGGCCGAAGCUGAAAAAGGACUUGAGGAUUCAGAUGAAUACGAUGGUACUCACAGUCAACGCCAAGAUCCGUAAGACCAUCAACACGAUAAACUCGCGGUUUACCAAAGAUAAGGUCAUAUUUAUUGAUUAUGACAAGGGGUUUGAUGGUCAUCGGUUCUGCGAGGAGGGUGUGAAAGAGCCUGAUUACGACCGUAGAGAUACGUGGUUUUUCCUCGUAGGCGGCCCGGAUAACGCCAGAAACGGAACCCGAUCAAAUCAUGUAUCUGACCUUCAGACUUUGCCCCCAACAUCGGCUCUGGUUGACCCAUUAUCGUGUCUUGAUCCAGCGCAAGCAUCUGGGGAUUGGGGCCGAUUGGCUUUGUGUUAUAUGGCUAUGGCAAAGCAUCAAGACCCGAGCUUGCAGCUUGCCCGCGGAGACUUCGUUGCCGAGAACUCAAUGUGGUACGUCCCAACAUAUUACGGCAAGACGUUCCAUCCUAGGUCUCUUGGCCACGAGGCCAUCAGAAAUAAAAUUUAUGAGGUAUGGCAAACACUAGAAUAGUUGGCUAGUUUGGCAUAUUGCUUGCAAUAUUGGUAUGUACAGUACCGAGUUCUCAUUCUGAUGACCACGUACGUACUUUCUAUGCUACGCCUCGUAGAAUAGAGCCUCCUUAGGGAUGACCACGCCCCUUCGUGGUUGCUUUCAGAAUGUCACCGUCCGAGUUACUGGCUCGCCUGAUUUUACAUCUGCAGUCGGGCACUCCGAACUGGUAGCCGCUUCCCCGUCAUUUCUUGAAGAGCUCGUCUUAUUAUCAUAUACUCCAUGUAGUCUGAUCUUCAUUUAUAAUAUAUUGUGACCGAAAAGGUCUGCUAGGUUGAGUAUAGUAUUUGCGGGGAGGAGCGUAAUAACCAAUUACGUGUGCCGGUCCAGCUAAUAGGCAUAAUUUGUUUUAAGGGUCUUUAGAAUAGUGUCCUGGUAUCCCUAAUUAGAUACAAUGUAUCCAAGAUAC